AUGAAUCAAAUCUUCUUUUUUAAAUCUGCUUUUUCUUCAGUUCUUGAACGGGAAGUUGCUAAUAAUUCUAAAGUCACUUUGGUAAAACUAAAUGCGGAUGAAAACCAUUCACUUGCCAGCGAAUAUGAGGUGAGUGCAUUACCCACCGUAUUGGCUUUCCAUAAUGGCAAAGUCGUGGAUAGUUUUAUGGUGGGACAUAAUAACGUCGAAUCAAGCUUGUUGGCCGUUGUUGUAAAUAUUGAUUUACGUAUUUCUGCCGAAAAAAUCGAUGAAGCUUUUGGUCAAGCACUACGUUUAUAUGAUGUAAGGAUUAGGUUGAAACUACUAUUUAAAUUGAUGAAAAGUAAUGUCAGUAGUGAUAGCAAUGAAUGGGAUGAAUGGCUAGUCUGCUGA